AUGAUACCUCCCACGGUAGAAGCAUCCUUAGGUUCUUCACAUACUAGAUCCUAUUUUUCACCUGUCCCAACAGCGCUCUUGGAACAGAAUGUUUCCCCAGUGAUAAUGGGCAUCGAUGAAGCUGGCAGAGGGCCUGUGAUGGGGCCAAUGGUUUACGCCGUAGCCUAUUCUACACAGAAAUACCAGGAUGAAAACAUAAUCCCUAACUACGAGUUUGACGAUUCCAAAAAACUCACAGAUCCCAUCAGAAGAAUGCUGUUUGCCAAGAUGUACGAGAAUAAUGAAGAGCUAACCCAGGUCGGCUACGCAACCACGUGCAUCACGCCAUUGGACAUCUCCAGAGGAAUGAGCAAAUUCCCACCAACAAGAAACUAUAAUUUGAAUGAGCAAGCGCACGAUGUCACAAUGGCUCUAAUCGAGGGCGUGAUAAAGCAGAACGUUAAGCUCGAUCACGUGUAUGUGGACACCGUUGGACCACCAGCGUCCUAUCAGAAGAAAUUGGAACAGCGGUUUCCCGGUAUCAAGUUCACAGUAGCCAAGAAGGCAGACUCCUUAUACUGUAUGGUCAGUGUGGCGAGUGUCGUUGCGAAGGUAACUAGAGAUAUACUAGUCGAGUCCCUAAAGAGGAAUUCCGAUGAGGUUCUGGGUUCUGGAUACCCAUCCGACCCAAAGACGGUGGCAUGGCUGAAGCGUAACCAAACAACUCUUAUGGGUUGGCCAGCUAACAUGGUAAGGUUUUCUUGGCAGACAUGCCAGACUCUCUUAGAUGACCCCGCUAGAGACAGUAUCCUCAUUAAGUGGGAAGAACAAUAUAUGGACAGCAGAAAGAACGCUGCACAAAAGACGAAGCAAUUGCAGCUCCAGAUGGUGACCAAGCCCCCCAGAAGGAAGAGAUUAAUAACCCUGGAUAAUUGGUAUCAAUAA